AUGGGUUUAUGUGAAUCGUGGUCCAUCACAUGGACGCACAACGCCUACGAUGAGGCUCACUGGAAGCCUGGCGAGGAGCCUCGACGACGUCGGCUACGCAUCAUUGCACGUUCUUCUCCCUCACAGUGGCACAUCGCGAUCACCUUCGAAGGUUCAUUGCACCCAGACAGGAUUGCUCGAGUGAAUAGAAAACAGAGGCGGCAGGACCUCGAGGAUCUUUGUUCUUGUCUCGACCUAAACCAUCUGCAACUCCUAGACGAUACUGUUACGGAGCUGCUCAUCAAGCGCGAGCACGACACCACUCCACCCUACUACGAGAAUGAUAUCGCCUUUCCUGACCUCAAUCUUCCAUUGAGAAAGAUGCCACGUACCGACAGCGAGUAUCAUUCAAUCGUUGCUCAUCUGCAGCUUUGCGUACGAGAAGAUCCGUUCCGCGUGCAGUUUCCGCUAGUUGAUUGUGCUACCGGCAUCCCGACUGAAGAAUAUUCGAAAAUUACUAAAAUACGCGAACUAAGCGCCGGUGUACAUGAGGUACGCAUCACAGGUUGUGACACCAAACCUUAUAUUUAUAAGGAAGUAGAUAGGCCAUUCUACACCCCAAGAGACAGUGCAGUUUUGGAUCAGGAAUUGCUGAAUCUGGAAAAGUUUCGUGGAGUCAAGAAUGUCACACAGCUGGUUGCUGCCAUCAUUUCCUCAAACCCGUAUCAAACCGCUCAAGCCAGCGAAGUCGAUUCUCGCAAGGAAACCGAAGUCACCAAGGCCAUGAGCCUACAUAACUCAGUCUUCUCACGAGGCAUCCUUCUUGAAUACUAUUCAAAUGGUACAUUAGAAGAAAUGCUGAAGAAUGCACAGGAUGCUUCACUGUCGGUAGCUCGGCCCUGGCUGAAGUGGGCAUUUCAAAUCGCGAAUGCACUGGCAUGCCUGCAUGGACAGGGUGUAGCGCAUAUAGAUAUCAAGCCAUCAAACAUUCUCAUCAGCGCGAGCGACGACGCUGUGCUGACGGAUGUGAGUGGAGUCGGGGGCGUCACUCGAGAAUGGCUAGCUCCUGAGAUGCUUGAUGUGCUAGACCCAUUGUCUGAGAGAAUGGGCUCACGAAUGCGGAACGACGUAUGGGCGCUUGGGAGGCUUUUGAUACAAAUGGCAAAUGCUUCUUGUAUUGGAAAAAAGCAACUCAAUUGCAUUGGAGUCAGCGCUACCAUGGAGGACCCCUCCUUACGUCCCUCUGCUCAAAGCCUAGUCUCCGCUCUAUUCGAACUCGGCACUUGA